AUGGCCCUCAACAACACACAACCCUCAACACCACACAACCCUCAACACCACACGACCCUCAACACCACACAACCCUCAACACCACACAGCCCUCAACAACACACAACCCUCAACACCACACAGCCCUCAACACCACACAGCCCUCAACACCACACGGCCCUCAACACCACACACGGUCCUCAACAACACACGGCCCUCAACACACACACGGCCCUCAACACACACACGGCCCUCAACACACACACGGCCCUCAACAACACACGGCCCUCAACACACACACGGCCCUCAACAACACACGGCCCUCAACACACACACGGCCCUCAACACACACACAGCCCUCAACAACACACGGCCCUCAACACCACACAACCCUCAACACCACACGGCCCUCAACACCACACAACCCUCAACACCACACGGCCCUCAACACACACACGGCCCUCAACAACACACGGCCCUCAACACACACACGGCCCUCAACAACACACGGCCCUCAACACACACACGGCCCUCAACACCACACGGCCCCCAACACCACACAACCCUCAACACCACACGGCCCUCAACACCACACAACCCUCAACACCACACGGCCCUCAACACCACACAACCCUCAACACACACACGGCCCUCAACACUACACAACCCCCAACACCACACAACCCUCAACACCACACGGCCCUCAACACCACACGGCCCUCAACACCACACAACCCCCAACACCACACAACCCUCAACACCACACGGCCCUCAACACUACACAACCCCCAACACCACACGGCCCUCAACACUACACAACCCCCAACACCACACAACCCUCAACACCACACGGCCCUCAACACUACACGGCCCUCAACAACACACAGCCCCCAACACCACACAACCCUCAACACUACACGGCCCCCAACACCACACGGCCCUCAACACUACACGGCCCUCAACAACACACAGCCCCCAACACUACACAACCCUCAACACUACACGGCCCCCAACACCACACGGCCCUCAACACUACACAACCCCCAACACCACACGGCCCUCAACACUACACGGCCCUCAACAACACACAGCCCCCAACACCACACAGCCCCCAACACCACACGGCCCCCAACAACACACAGCCCCCAACACCACACGGCCCCCAACAACACACAGCCCUCAACACCACACAACCCUCAACACCACACGGCCCUCAACACCACACAACCCUCCAACACCACACGGCCCUCAACACUACACAACCCUCAACACUACACGGCCCCCAACACCACACGGCCCUCAACACCACACGGCCCUCAACACCACACAGCCCCCAACACCACACGGCCCCCAACAACACACAGCCCUCAACACCACACAGCCCUCAACACCACACGGCCCCCAACAACACACAGCCCUCAACACCACACAACCCUCAACACCACACGGCCCUCAACACCACACAGCCCUCAACACCACACAACCCUCAACACUACACGGCCCCCAACACCACACGGCCCUCAACACCACACGGCCCUCAACAACACACGGCCCUCAACACCACACGGCCCUCAACACCACACGGCCCUCAACACCACACACGGCCCUCAACACCACACGGCCCUCAACACCACACGGCCCUCAACAACACACGGCCCUCAACACCACACGGCCCUCAACACCACACGGCCCUCAACACCACACACGGCCCUCAACACCACACGGCCCUCAACACCACACACGGCCCUCAACACCACACGGCCCUCAACACCACACGGCCCCCAACACCACACGGCCCUCAACACCACACACGGCCCUCAACACCACACGGCCCUCAACACCACACGGCCCCCAACACCACACGGCCCUCAACAACACACGGCCCCCCACACCACACGGCCCUCAACAACACACGGCCCCCAACACCACACGGCCCUCAACAACACACGGCCCCCAACACCACACAACCCUCAACACCACACGGCCCUCAACAACACACGGCCCUCAACACCACACAACCCUCAACACCACACGGCCCUCAACAACACACGGCCCUCAACAACACACAGCCCUCAACACCACACAACCCUCAACACCACACGGCCCUCAACAACACACGGCCCUCAACACCACACGGCCCUCAACAACACACAGCCCCCAACAACACACAACCCUCAACAACACACAGCCCUCAACACCACACGGCCCUCAACACCACACGGCCCCCAACACCACACGGCCCUCAACACCACACGGCCCUCAACACCACACGGCCCCCAACACCACACGGCCCUCAACAACACACGGCCCCCAACACCACACGGCCCUCAACAACACACGGCCCCCAACACCACACAACCCUCAACACCACACGGCCCUCAACAACACACAGCCCUCAACAACACACAACCCUCAACAACACACAGCCCUCAACAACACACGGCCCCCAACACCACACGGCCCUCAACAACACACGGCCCCCAACACCACACAACCCUCAACACCACACGGCCCUCAACACCACACAACCCUCAACACCACACGGCCCUCAACAACACACGGCCCUCAACACCAUACGGCCCUCAACACCACACAACCCUCAACACCACACGGCCCUCAACAACACACGGCCCUCAACAACACACAGCCCUCAACACCACACAACCCUCAACACCACACGGCCCUCAACAACACACGGCCCUCAACACCACACGGCCCUCAACAACACACAGCCCUCAACAACACACAACCCUCAACAACACACAGCCCUCAACACCACACGGCCCUCAACACCACACGGCCCCCAACACCACACGGCCCUCAACACCACACAACCCUCAACACCACAAAACCCUCAACAACACACGGCCCUCAACACCACACCACACAACCCUCAACACCACACGGCCCUCAACACCACACGGCCCUCAACACACACAGCCCUCAACACCACACGGCCCUCAACACCACACGGCCCCCAACACCACACGGCCCUCAACACCACACGGCCCUCAACACCACACGGCCCUCAACACCACACAACCCUCAACACCACACGGCCCUCAACACCACACGGCCCUCAACACACACAGCCCUCAACAACACACGGCCCUCAACACCACCGGCCCUCAACACUACACGGCCCUCAACAACACACGGCCCUCAACACCACACGGCCCCCAACACCACACGGCCCUCAACACCACACGGCCCUCAACACCACACAACCCUCAACACCACACGGCCCUCAACACCACACGGCCCUCAACACCACACGGCCCUCAACACCACACGGCCCUCAACACCACACGGCCCUCAACACCACACGGCCCUCAACAACACACGGCCCUCAACACCACACGGCCCUCAACAACGCACGGCCCUCAACACCACACGGCCCUCAACACCACACGGCCCUCAACAACACACAACCCUCAACACCACACGGCCCCCAACACCACACGGCCCUCAACACCACACGGCCCUCAACACCACACGGCCCUCAACACCACACAGCCCUCAACACCACACAACCCUCAACACCACACGGCCCUCAACACCACACAACCCUCAACACCACACGGCCCUCAACACCACACGGCCCUCAACACCACACGGCCCUCAACACCACACGGCCCUCAACACCACACGGCCCUCAACACCACACGGCCCUCAACACCACACGGCCCUCAACAACACACGGCCCUCAACACCACACGGCACUCAACAACACACGGCCCUCAACACCACACGGCACUCAACAACACACGGCCCUCAACACCACACGGCCCUCAACACCACACGGCCCUCAACACCACACGGCCCUCAACACCACACGGCCCUCAACACCACACAACCCUCAACACCACACGGCCCCCAACACCACACGGCCCUCAACACCACACGGCCCUCAACACCACACGGCCCCCAACACCACACGGCCCUCAACACCACACGGCCCUCAACACCACACAGCCCUCAACACCACACAGCCCUCAACACCACACAGCCCUCAACACCACACGGCCCUCAACACCACACGGCCCUCAACACCACACAGCCCUCAAACACCACACAACCCUCAACACCACACGGCCCUCAACACCACACGGCCCUCAACACCACACAACCCUCAACACCACACGGCCCUCCAACACCACACAACCCUCAACACCACACGGCCCUCAACACCACACGGCCCUCAACACCACACAACCCUCAACACCACACACCCCUCAACACCACACGGCCCUCAACAACACACGGCCCUCAGACUUUCGUAACAGACACAUUUAUUUUUGA